AUGUCUUGGCUAAAUCUCUCAAGGAAUGAUUUGGUACUGAACCUGAGCCAAUCAACUGAAGCAAGUUUCCUAGAAGAGGAAGCUUCCUCGGGCCCUGGUGGUAACUUCAGGAUUGGACCUCGGGCUUUAUAUCUCUUCCAACAUAUCACCAUUAAAAGAAGGAGAAAGAGGCAAGGAAAGAGAGGAGGAGAAGAGGGCCAUGGGAUCAUUGUGGACCUUGGAGAAGCUUGUACAAUAAGGCUCAGGGAUUAUUUGGGUACGGAUGGAGAAGUUGAGCAACUUGAUAGACAGCUGCAUCGCAUCACCCCAUCACCCCGAAGCAACCCACGACCUCCUCCGUCUUCCACAAGUUCCUCCCUCUCCCACCAUGGUUCUCCCUCUCGUCCCUUCAGCACACUCCCGCUUCUGAGGGGCCACCACCACCGUAUAUAUCCGACGACACAUCACCACCGCCGACAAGCGGAGACAUCAAAAGAGAGUGUGGAGAGAGAUCAUUUGUUAAGAAUGGGAGGAAAGAGAGAGAAAAAGAGAGAGCAAGAGAGAGCAUUCCAGAAGAAUGGAGGCAUGCUACUGGAGAAGCUGGUUGCCACUUGUAAUGGCAAGCCUCCUAUUCCCAUCCGUAACUUCUCCGAGAACGACCUUAUCUCUGCCACCAAUAACUAUGAUCCUCGCCUUGUUUUACAUAAUUAUCGGUUCUGCAAAUGGUAUAAGGGUUCUCUUGAAGGCCGAACUAUUUCCAUUAGGAAGACUAAAGGCAAACUAGAUCUGGAUUGCGUCUUCACUGAAAUAGCUAUUUCUGCAAAGAUGAGCGCUCACAAGAAUGUUCUACGGCUCGUGGGAUGUUGCCUCGAGACUCAAGUUCCUAUUGUGGUGUAUGAAUCUAUUGAGGAAGGAACCCUUUACAAUCAAAUUCUUGGCUCCAAUUCUAACACAUCUCCGCAUCAGAGAAUGGCGUGGCAGAGUAAGUUAAAGGUUGCAAGCGAAAUUUCUCACGCAGUUGCGUAUCUUCACACUGCCUUCUCCAGACCCAUCCUUCAUAGGUGUAUAAAUCUUACAAAUAUUUUUUUUGCCGAACAUGAGGUCCCCAAACUGUCUUAUUUUUUAUUUUCCAUCACAAUUCCCGAGGGUGAAACUCACGCAAAUGAUGAAACACUGUGCGGGACUCCUGGAUUUAUGUGCCCUAACUAUGUUGAAACAUUGCGAGUAACCGAGAAAAGUGAUGUCUAUAGCUUUGGUGCACUUUUAUUAGUGCUUUUAACUGAACUACUGGCCUAUGACACAUGUCUAGAAACAGAAGAUUUGGACAUAGUAAAAUAUGUAAGAAAGCAUGGUAUACAUGAGAUUGUGGAUCCUGCAAUCAUCGCAAGGGAAGGAGCAACUGUGUUAGACCUUGCCUUAGCAUGCACGGAAGACAAUCCAGAGGAUCGACCCACAAUGGUCGAUGUUUCGAGAGAACUUAGGCGGAUUGAGAGGAUUGUCCGGCCAUAAUUAUUAAUAUUUUCUCACUUUCUGCAUCCAAGUGCCUUUGUAAGCAUCAAUUUUAUCAAAUAAGGGAGAAUGUAUGGCUCCCUCUAGUCUUUCCCUGUGGUUAUUUUCCCUGUUGGCCCAUCAAAUUUCCAAUGUAAACAUCAGUUAUCAAAUAAUUAAUAUCCUUUUUACA